GCACAAACAUCGGAACAAACUAUUUUAGAGACCGAAGAUCUUCAGCCUCUCUGUCCCUCUCUCUCUCUCUUUCUCUCUCUCCAAUGGAGUUCAGAGAUCCGGGCAGCUACAGUGCUCCUCCUCAUCUUUAUAAUCCUCCUGCAGCUCAACAAAACCCUAACCUGCACCAGUACCACCAAUCACUGAUCCCUCAGCCGUCGUCCUACCCCCAAAACCCUAACCCUAACCCUAACCCUAAUCCCGUCCAUGCGAAAACCCCUUUCUACUCCCGCGCCCCCGCCGCCGCUUCUCCGACGUGGCUCCUGCCUCCGGGGUUCGAUCGCUACCCAGCUCGUACGCUUCUAUCGGCGCGAGGCGCGCCGUCGCCGAUUACUCGCACAGGCUUCCUUAUGCUUGCCAUCCCCAACCGGCCGCCGCCACUGGUAACUACUAUCUGCAGUACCAGCAGCAGCAGAGCGCCUAUGGAGUUGUUGAAACUGGGACUACAGCUGCAGAGUUGGAGGCAAAAAGGCACAAACUUAUUGCGGGUGGUGCACCACCAGAAUCAGUUAGAAUAUGCUCGGUAUGCAAUAUCGUGUGCAACAGUGAUAAGGUGUUUGCGCUUCAUCUUGCUGGACAAAUGCAUGCCCACAAGGCCUUUGGAAUACCACUCAGUGCAUCAAAGCUGAAGGUUCCCGCCCAUGUGAAAGCCCUGCACUCAACCAUAAAGCCAAAGGUUCCUAAUGCUGCUCGUAGGCCAGUCUCUCAGGGUCUCAUUACCUUUGUGCAAUCAUCAUAUUGUGAUGUCUGUAAGGUACAUUGCGACACCCAGGAAGUCCUCAAUAGCCACAAAUUAGGCAAAAAGCACAUGAAAAACUUGCAGAAGCUUCAACAGUCUCUCAAGCCAAAGCCUGAAACCCAAAG